GCGCCGGCAUACGAAGGAGUCGAGUAUUAUGAGACCGACUUCGCCAACGCUUUCACGCAAGAGAGCGAGUACAGAGGCCGGCCGACGUCAGAGCUGGAGGAUCGUUGGGCGAAGCUCUGGCGAAUUGGCGGUAUCAGCGUACCUGCUAGCAACUUGGCCGCAUUGAAUCGCUCGAAAGAAGGCUAUGCACAGACGUCCGACGGAAUGUAUGGUGCCUUCCUAGAAGUACACCAUCAGAUUCACUGCCUGAACAUGAUACGUCAAUACACAUGGCUCAACGAGUUCAAUGCAUCGUUCUUUGGAUUAGAAGACGGUCCCAAGCUCAACCGUAUGCAUGUCGAUCAUUGUAUCGAGACUUUGCGGUUGGCGCUGAUGUGCAGAGCUGAUACAACGCCACUGCUGGUCCGAUUGGGUGGAGAACAUGGAACUAAAGCUGACUUUAAUUCUCACCAUAAGUGCGUCAAGUGGGAUCACUUCAUGGAAUGGGUGGGCGACCACGUAACUUGGUCUUGA